AUGCCCAUAACACUCCCCUCGAGCCGAGCAGAAUGGCUCAAGCACGUCGAUGAUCACGGUGUUGUGUUCCAGCCAAUCCAUAACCUUGAUAGCCUGAAAUCAGGCUCCAAGAUUGGAGAGCACCAAUUUCUUGCUCUCCGUGUCCUGUGGAAAAGGUACAAAGCUGGCACAUUUAAUUACAACAAUUGGGAUUUGUCGUUGGAAGCCGCAAAGCUGAAUCUUGGGGGUAUGUCGAUUUGGAAAGAAUACUAUCACACCCUCCAGACAACAGGCCUCGGCGACAAGCCAAAAUUUGGCAGGUUUGACAUGUUGUGGUCCUUUCAAAAGCAGGUUGCACGGUUGCCUGGGGAUUCACAGAACGACUCGGAUAAAAUUGCGUCUCCUGUUUCUUCACGGACAAGGCAAGCAAUGGCUUCAAGGCAAACUCUGGCUACGAAUCUUCCUUCAUCAAGUUCAGACCCUUUCAGCACUCCCGGACGUUCUAUUGGCCAGCCUCAAUCUUACAAUUUUCCGUCUCGACUGGAUGCAUAUCCACUUGCUAGCCGUUCUCGUCCACAAACACCAACCAACAGGGGAAUGAACAUGUCUGUUUUAGAUGAUGAUGAAGAGGGCAGCCCCAUGGUUAUAGACGACCUUUCUCCCGCGGCAGCUGGUGAAGGCUAUCAAUUCCCUCCGGCUGACGACGAACAAACCGUGAAUACGGCUCUAAUUUUGGCCCUCAAUGCAGUUUGCCUCAGCCAACAAUCCUUGGUCGACUUUCCAUGGACCCUGGAACAGAAGGCUUUCGUCUUCAAAACCCCCACAAGAAAGCUCUACGAAGCUAGAACUGACGGUCACCUCAGAUUCCGAACCGAUAAAAUGGAUAUUUCCUUGGCUAUUCUGGAAGUGAAAGCAGGAGUACGAGACGUAGCGUUACCUCAUGCGCAAGAAAGUGCGCAAAUGGCUGCUUGGAUCAAUGCAGAACCUGACGUGGUGAAGCAAACCGGUAUCAGAUAUAGGUAG